UGUCGGGGUUGUCCGACGAAACUCGCCGCUGUUCGGUCAUUCGGCGUCUUCAACGCGGGGAGCGCAGACGCAUCGCCAACGUUGACAGUGGAUUACGGCACGCAUGCCGGACUCCCGUCCUGCUUCUAGCGGUGCUCUACGCUUACCCGUCUUCUUUCCCUAGUGUUAUCCACGCGUAACAGUAGCGAGAAUUGAAUGUUAGGUGGCUUACACGUCGUGUGCCCGGAUAAAUGUUCCCAGUUUUUGUUGCUGCGUGAAGUGCACAAAACCUUCCAGGUUCAAGCUGAGGAAACUGAGUGCCGCAGCAAUGAAGGGAUGUUGGACAGUGAGAAUGGUGUUUGGUGUUGUGCUGCACUAUGUCUGCUUCGGAAUGCCCGGUCGAGCAGACACGGACGUCGAGUCACUUGUUGGAGGCACCGCACGUCUGCCGUGUCCCAUCCGGACCAUUUCUAACCCCGAAAGGGAGUCGUCCAACAUUCCUAUCCUGAUGGAGUGGUAUCACAGAGAUCGUAUCAUCUACACGGUGGAAAGCGAAAAUGUGCCCCUUGUCCAAGCGAGGCACACCGUCCCUAACGGAGCGGAUGAAGGACGCCUACAUUUUGCAGUCGGACGGACUCCUUACCGACUUUCCCUUCAAAGGGUUUCGCUGGAAGACGAGGGUCCUUACUUCUGCGUCGUCACCUUCGACACAGGUGCCAGAAUGAACACGUCGGUUCAUCUGAUAGUUGUCGUUCCCCCGGAAAAGCCACGAAUUAGAUGCGUCCCACUCACUGAAUCCCCAUGUGAUGUGUCUGGCGUUAUAGGACCUUUCAAGGAGGGAACGCGGCUUGAACUUCUGUGCGAAGUUCGCGGUGGUCAUCCCGUGCCUUCACUUGCGUGGCUACUGGGAUCAUCUCCAAUACCACAUGUUGUCUCCAAGUACGGUCCUGGUCGUGCACUGGCCUGGGCCACGAUACCGCGGCUAGAGCGUCACCAUUUCAUGAGUGUUCUCACGUGUCGUGCUAGCAACGGCGCCAUCACAGAGCCGCAGGAGACCUCUGUAUCGUUGGACAUCUACCUGACUCCUCAGAAUGUGACUAUCCGUGGUGCACAGGGCCCUCUGUCUGCGCACUACCCCGUUGAGGUGGAGUGCGAAGUACUUGGUUCGCUACCUGCCGCUGUCGUGUCCUGGUACCUUGGAAGUGAUGCGUUGCCUGGUAGUCGGGGCGAUAACUACCUCACCUCCAAUAACGUGACGGUCAGUCUGGUGAAGUUCACCCCGAAGCCUGAGCACAAUGGACAACCCCUGCGGUGCAUUGCGUACAACCCACACAUGCCGGGCAUCAAGGUGCAAGAUUCCUGGAAGUUAGACAUAUAUUAUAAGCCGCGCGCACAGCUGACCCUGGGAAGCCACCCCCGGCAGUGGAACAUCAUUGCUGGACAUGACGUUUACUUCGAAUGUCACGUGGACGCCAAUCCUCCAAUCGGGGACGUCGUCUGGCGUCUGAAUGGCCGGGAUUUGCAGCCGGGCGUUCAUGUGAUCAUGAGCAACCAGUCACUUGCUCUUCAAGGCGUGCAGCGGAAAAGUUCCGGUGCUUACACGUGUGUCGCUGCUAAUCGAAUAGGAGAGAACGAAAGCGAAGCAGUACUGCUUAGAGUGAAACAUUCUCCUGUCUGUAAUCGGUCACGUACGACCGUUUACGCUGCUUCCCGUCAUGAAGAGGUGCACGUGAUAUGUGACGUCACGGCCGAACCCCCUGAUGUCUCCUUCAGGUGGUCGUUUAACAACUCGGUGACAAAGCACGACGUGUCUUCGUUUACUGUGACGGGGGCUCGUAGUGUCCUGUACUACACGCCGAGGCAGAAGGCAGACUACGGGACCUUUCAGUGCCUUGCAAAUAAUUCCAUUGGAGAAAUGAAGAGACCCUGCUUCUUCCAGAUUGUGCAGAGAGGCACCACAAGCUCCAUCUUCAACUGCUCUGCUACAAACAUUACGGACGCCGGCUUGCACGUCGAAUGCCACAAGAAUCCACUGCACAGCGACGGCUACGAAGAUGGUGGCGAAGAAGACGUUGCCGCUGAAGCCUCCACAUUUCGCCAGCAGCGAAUUUUCCUUCUUGAAGUUCGAGAUAGUUACACGGAACGCAUCGUGUUCAACGCCACGUCCGACUCACCCUGGUUCGCCGUAACCAAUCUUCUCGCAGGAACUCAGUACAUUCUUACAGUCUACACAAUUAGCGAGCGAGGUAGAAGCCCACCAGUAACGAUAACUAUGUCCACGCUCUCGACAUCCGAAGAAAAGCUACGGCAGGCUGGCCAAUACAAACGACGGUGUUGUUCGCUCUUGAGCCUCAUAAUCGCAGCGGCCUGUCUCCUUCUCGUCAUAUUCGUCGCAGUGCUACUCUUCUUCAAGUACAGGACAAGGUUAAAGAAGGCCAAAGGUGUGGUGAAGACACGUUCGGGGCAAAAGAAUUCGGGCCUUCAAGAAGACAGCGCAGCUGACGACCGUGUUGAGAUCAAGUGCACGAACGUCGCAGUGCGAAAGUGUGGUGCCAAAACAGACAAUCAGUCUUUCAGCUCUGAACUGACGUACGUGUGAAGAGCCUGGCCGUAAAUGCCAACAUCAUGAACUGCUGAAUUUCUGCAGUCGUGCGGAAUCUACCUGAGCACCGUGGACCAAAUAGAACGACGCGUGUGUGUGCUUGUGAUUUUCUGAACCCUAUAUGUGAGUGCUUUGGGUGUCCCUUCCAAUGACAUUGCAACAAAAUUGUGACAAUUGUCGCUGUACCAUAAGAUUUUGACGACUGUCUGAAGCUUUCUACUGUAUAGAAAGUUUUGUUGAUCGUGCAAAGGUAAACUGGCGUUAUAAUA